UCACGCCCCAGGGCGGGAGAGCACUCUGGACUCUCCAGGUCUGCGCGGUGCGACAGAGGGCGGGGCCUGGAACCUGCGCUGGCCGGGAGCGGUGGCCGAGCCCUGCAGGUGAUUCCUGAGCUGCAAGAUAAGGUCUUUUAAGACUUUUGUCUUCCAACUUUCCCUGUUCUGGCUUCAUAGUUUCUGUACUUUCCCAAGAGCAGCAGAAAAUGAACAAGUAUCAGGGACCAGUAACGUUCAAGGAUGUUAUUGUGGAAUUCAGCCGGGAAGAGUGGCAGUUACUGAGCGCUGCUCAGAGGACCCUAUACAGGGAAGUGAUGCAAGAGAACUAUGGCCUCCUAAUCUCAGUGGGUUACCGUGUGAAAAAGCCGAAUGCAGUCUUCAAGCUGAAACAAGGAAAAGAACCGUGGAUACUGGAAGUAGAAUUUCCACAUCGGAAUUAUCCGGAAGACCUCUGGAAAAUUCAUGACCUAGGAGCGAAAUACCAGGAAAGCCGAGCUGAAAAUUCAAGGAAUGGAGAACUCACAAAACACCAGCAAACUCAAGCCAGAGAGAAAAUCCAUAAAUGCAAUGAAUGUGGAAAGUCCUUCUGCCAGAAGUCUGUUCUCGUAAUACAUCAGCAUAUUCAUUCAAAGGACAAACCCAGGGAAUGUGGAGAAUCUGGCUCUAGAAAUGGAGACCGCACAGUACAACAGAAAGCCCACACCAGAGAGAAAACCUAUGAAUGUAAAGAAUGUAAGAAAACUUUCUAUCACCUGUCAUCUCUUAGUAGACAUUUGAGGACUCACGCAGGGGAGAAACCCUACGAAUGUAAUCAGUGUGAGAAAUCCUUCUACCAGAAGCCACACCUUGUAGAACAUCAGAAAACACACACAGGAGAGAAACCCUUUGAGUGUAGUGAAUGUGGGAAGUUCUUCUAUGUUAAGGCAUACCUCAUGGUACAUCAGAAAACACACACAGGGGAGAAACCGUAUGAAUGUAAGGAAUGUAGGAAAUCCUUUUCCCAGAAAUCACACCUCACAGUACAUCAGAGAACACAUACAGGGGAGAAACCUUAUAAAUGUAAGGAAUGUGGGAAAUUCUUUUCUAGAAAUUCACACCUCAAAACUCAUCAGAGAACUCACACAGGAGAGAAACCCUAUGAAUGUAAGGAAUGUGGGAAAUGCUUCUACCAGAAGUCAGCUCUCACAGUACAUCAGCGAACUCACACAGGGGAGAAACCCUUUGAAUGUAAUAAAUGUGGAAAAAACUUUUACUAUAAAUCAGACCUCACUAAACAUCAGAGAAAACACACAGGGGAGAAGCCCUAUGAAUGUCAUGAAUGUGGUAAAUCUUUCUCUGUGAAUUCAGUCCUCAGAUUACAUCAAAGGACGCACACAGGAGAGAAACCCUAUGAAUGUAAGGAAUGUGGGAAAUCCUUCUCUCAGAAGUCACAUUUUAUCAUACAUCAGAGAAAACACACAGGGGAGAAACCCUAUGAAUGUCAGGAGUGUAGGAAAACUUUUAUUCAGAAAUCAAAACUUACUGCACAUCAGAAGACACACACAGGAGAAAAAACCUUUGAAUGUGGUGAAUGUGGGAAAACAUUCUGGGAGAAGUCAAACCUCACUCAACAUCAAAGAACACACACAGGAGAGAAACCCUAUGAAUGUACAGAAUGUGGGAAAUCCUUUUGUCAGAAACCACACCUUACCAACCAUCAGCGAACACAUACAGGAGAAAAACCCUAUGAAUGUAAGCAAUGUGGAAAAACGUUCUGUGUAAAGUCAAACCUCACGGAACAUCAGAGAACACACACAGGGGAGAAACCAUACGAAUGUAAUACAUGUGGGAAAUCCUUCUGCCACAGGUCAGCCCUAACUGUCCAUCAGAGAACACACACAGGAGAGAAACCCUUUAUGUGUAACGAAUGUGGGAAGUCCUUCUGUGUGAAGUCAAACCUCAUUGUUCAUCAAAGAACUCACACAGGGGAGAAACCCUAUAAAUGUAACGAGUGUGGGAAAACCUUCUGUGAAAAAUCAGCUCUCACUAAACAUCAGAGAACUCACACAGGAGAGAAGCCCUAUGAGUGUGAUGGAUGUGGGAAAACCUUCAGUCAGAGGUCGGUACUCACAAAACAUCAGAGAAUUCACACAAGGGUGAAAGCUCUCUCAACAUCCUGAUGUCCAGAAGCCUUCACGUGCCCUCUCAAAUUCUUACACCAUUUUUAAAAAUGAGAUGAAUGAAGCCCAAAGAAUGCCUCACGUUACUAGAAAGCGAUGUCUUAUCGUAUUUCAGAUAAUUAAUACUAGCAUAAAACUUUACUGAUAUUUUGAAUAUGUGAAAGCUCUCCAGAAAAACUGAAACUUUUCAUCAGAAAAUUUAUAUUGAGGGGAAAUUUAUUCACUUAAAGAAUGUGGUAGAAAUCUUUGUCUAGAAUUUAUUGUGUCAUAUUCCAGAUGUGAUACCAAAUUUUAUUGUAAAUAUAGUGGAUGGUAUUCAUUCAUACCCAUAUUCACAGUGGAAUCUGAAGCUUAAAAAAAGUUGAAUCGCAACAACAUUAAACAUUUAUGAAGAGUCCCUGAUGUUUGAAGGCCUGAUGUGGGUAUAGUAAUAUAGCAGAAGUUAGAGGUAUGCUUGAUUUGCAUAUUGGAGUCCAACAUACUUGUGAAGAGAAAAUAUCCCUUAAUUAAAUAGCUGUUAUGGUCUAUAUUUAUAUCACCCACACUAAAUACCACCAGUGUCUUUAUAGGUUGAUAUAAUUAUAUAUGUAUAUAUAUGUAUAUGUAAAUAUAUUUAUACACAUGUACGCAGUGGUGUGUUAGAGUAAGCUCACACUGGCUUGCAGCUGCCGAUGGUUAAAUUUUCGGGAAUUUUGUGAGCCAGUUGUUAAACAUAGUUAUUAUUUAAAAAUUAAAUUAUAUUAAAAAGGUAAUAAAUACACUCAUCACUUCUUAAUUACUUUAUAACAUUUUGCUCUUUGUUCUUUAGGUCACUUAUAUUAUCAAGUCACAUGGUAAAAAUACCACCUAAUGUGCUACUGCACAUCUCUUCCCACCUCUGCACUCAGUGUCGUACUUCUGGUAGCUUGGCUUUAGUGGGAGCAUUUAUGCCCUGGAAAUUGGCAAACUCUACAAACCGGGGUUUUUAUUUUCUCAGAGAACCUGUUGUCAAAUACUUACCAGCACACCACUGUGUAUAUAUGAAAAUAUAUCUGGACAAUUUAAAGUAUAAACUACAUACCCCCUCUCCCAUUUCCUGACAUAAACAAAUAGCUAUGGCCAUUAUUGCUGAACUGCCUCUUCAGUAAAGAACCCCAAAUUUGUUUUUGUGAGGUUUCUUAACUACCUCUGCACCAGUCUUAAUUGUAAAUACUACCUGAGUCUCUUUAUCGUUUGGCUGGUAUAUGUUAUUUUACAACCACAUCACCAACCUUCCCUCUGAUGUUGCUGGCAAAUAGGAAUUAGUAUGGCCAUUGUUACUGAUCUACUACUACUUCCCAAAGAAGCCAAAUAAUAUUUUUCUGAGGUUUUUCAGCUGCCUCUGGGUCAGUCCUAUAGUGUUGUAAGUGCUGUUAAUAACGGGGUUUAAAUGAAUUUUGCAAAGGUUAACAUCAUUUAUGAACAGGAAUACUCACUGCACUCCACAAAUAAAAAAUAGUGGUAUGUACUCGAAUGCCACUUUCUUACUCUUGGUAUUUCAUUGUUGUAUCUAUUUAGGCAUGAUCUGUUGUAUGUGCCCCAGGAACUAUGUAUUCGUAUUUAAAAUAAUAGGGUGUCAUACACUGUCCCUGCCUCCUUUGUCCUACUGUUUUCCCACACCUCCUUGGAACACACUGAUGAGCAGUUCCAAGAGACAUUGCCCACCCACUACUCUGCUUCUUACUUGCUGGGCUCUGUUUUGUCUCUCUUUCCAUUCUUCCCCCAGAUGAUUUAGGAGUAAAUACAGAUUAAUCUAAGUUAAUCGUGGAGAUGCUAUUCUAGUGAUUCUGUUGAGAUGUUUGGAAAAUAUUCUGCAGUACUUCUGGGAAAGAUCUCAGUGAUAAACUAUUGUAACAUGAGAAGACACAAGUAGAGAUUGUCUCUCUUAUGCUGGACUUUUUCAUGUAUGUAUGUUAUACCAAAUUAUAGCUUGUGGCCCUGAAGGGCAAUAGCUUGAAGAUAACAGUAGACAAAAUGGGAAAAGCCUGGCUCAGACGUCACUGAGCUGCACAACUCCAUCUGGACCUGUUCUUGGCUAGGACUUUCUGUUACUGUGGUAAUAAUAGUUGCUUAUUUAUCCUUAAGGCUAUCUGUUACUUCUAGCUGAAGGCAUUCCAGCUGGUACAGACGAGUACUUAGUUCUAAGUAUUCAUGUUCUAUACAGUGAUUUGGGGGAAGAAUGACUUCUUUUGACAAGUUAAUACGAGGAUAGCUUUUGUAUCAGCCCUGCUUCUAAUGAAAAACAGAAUUCUACCCCAACCAAGAGGAUUGUAAUGGUAGACGUAUUACAGUGGUGUGGGCCAGAAACAAGGGAUACUGAAGCACCUAGAGACUAGCAUCACCCAGAAGCCGUGACCAUUCUAAGUCAUAAAGGGGCAAAGGAUGGAAAGAAACUAGUGUCACCAGAGCCCAAUAAGAGCUGCUCUCAUGGAGGAGAGACCAUCUCCGAGGGGAUAUUGUCCCCACCAGCAUUGUGGCACUGAAUUGCUGGUGCCUCCCUUUGGAGAACCCCACCAGAUGCGAUCUGCAGGUUAGCCCAGGUGGGCACAGAGAAAGCGGAGAGAAGGUCUAGGUGGAGCCAAUGGAUAAUAAGCAGCACGGUGUUUUUUUUUAUUUCUGUAAACUCCUAUGUAAAGUCUCAGUAUUAGAAAUAAACUUAUUCUACUAGUUGAAAGUUAAGUAUUUCUACUUCAUUGUGCUUUUGUAUUGUCACAAGUAAAUUCCUUUUGGAAGUGAGCACUGUGGCAGGUAUGUCUGUUGACAUGCAUGAAGCAGACAUUAUGUUAAAUGACAUUUUUCAUAUGUCCCUGUGUGGUGUUUCUUGUUACAUGUGUUGUGAGAUAAGCAGCUCUGUAUUCUUCCAAAUAAAUAGCCAGUUGUCCCUG